CUUCUCGAAGGUAACUCCACUUCUUGGUCGCAACAUUCUAAACUCAGGAGAACCAAUGGGAUGAAGCCCGCAGAGGUGUUCAGGACAGACUUCAUCACGGCCAUGAAGCUCCAUGACAAGUACCAACUGAACCCUGAUGAUUACUUCAUCCUGGCCGAUCCCUGGAGACAGGAGUGGGAGAAGGGAGUCCAGGUCCCUGUCAGCCCUCACAUCAUUCCCCAGACUGUAGCCCGGGUGGUGGCUGAAAAGGGGACGGAGGUGAUCUUCUUGAACCCCAAGAAGUGGAUCCGUUCUGGGGGUUCAGAGGCACUGGGGUACGCGGACAUCCAGACCCUGGCUGAGGGGACGUGUCGAUACGACCUCAACGACACUGACGUGGCCUGGCUGGAGCUCAUCAACCACCAGUUCACUCUGAUGGGCAUGGCUGUGCUGGAUGAGACCACCAUGGAGAGAGCGAUGGAGGAGUUCGAGCGGCGUUGCUAUGACAGAAUGAGACAUCCCAUGGCAACGGAGGAGGGGUUUGGCAUGGAGUACGACGAAGACGUCGUGUGUGACGUGUGUCUGUCACCUGACGGCGAGGACAACAAUGAGAUGGUGUUCUGUGACAAGUGCAACAUCUGUGUUCACCAGGUGUGUUAUGGGAUUCUGAAGGUACCAAAAGGGAGCUGGCUGUGUCAGACCUGUGCUCUCGGCAUCUCGCCCAAAUGCCAAGUCUGCCCCAAGAAGGGCGGGGCCAUGAAGCCCACCCGCAGCGGAACCAAGUGGGUCCACGUCAGCUGUGCUCUGUGGAUCCCCGAGGUGAGCAUUGGGAACCCAGAGAAGAUGGAGCCCAUCACCAACAUGUCCCACAUCCCCAGUAACAGAUGGGCACUAACCUGCUGUCUCUGUAAAGACCAGACUGGAUCCUGUAUUCAGUGUUCAGCUGAAAGCUGUCGGACAGCGUUCCAUGUGAGCUGUGCCUUAGACAGCAGUCUGGAGAUGAACACCAUCAAAGAGCAGGAUGAGGUCAAGUUCAACUCUUUCUGCCCCAAACACUCUGAUCUGGUGGGAGGAGAGGACGGCAAGGAGGAGGGGAGGAGGGGAGGGAGACUGAGAGGAGAUAAAGUUCCUAACCCCCCUGUCCCUCAUCCAGUCCCCAACCCAGUGGAGGCCCUGAGCCUCCGUCACAUCAGACUACAGCAGCUGGAGUCGUCGUCACACCAGUUAGUUGAUGUGAAGGAGGUGUCCCAGGCCCUGCAACUGAACCAGGAGACAGUCCACUUCAUGUAUCAGUACUGGAAGCUGAAAUGCCAAGCCAAUCACAGCCAGCCAUUGCUGACCCCCCAGAUGGAGGAGGAGAGUCUGGCAAGGAGAGAGCAUGAUUUCGUCCUCCACCACCUGUUUCCCCGGGGGAUGGUUCAGGGUGCUGCGCCUACGCCUCCCAGGCCGGCCACACCCAGGCAGCUGGCUAUUGGCUGAUUGUCUCCAGCUGCAGAGGGGAGGAGCCACCAAAGAGGUGGAUGACUAACUCCUAACCCAAUACCAGCAGGUGUAUCUCGAACCAUUGAAAUAAAUCCAGAGUGCAGCGUUGGCUGUUGCCUGUGUGCUUGUCUAAUGACUGGGAGAAACAUCACAAGAAUAUGAGACCGGUGUGCUAUGAACCAGACAGACAGACAACUACUGUACUCCUCAGAACCAGACAGACAGAACUACUGUACUCCUCGGAACCAGACAGACAGAACUACUGUACUCCUUAGACUCUAACCCACAGUCAAAUUGACCCUGACUCUAAUCCACAGUCAAAUUUAACCUGACUCUAAUCCACAAUACUGUUUUACUGACCCCGACUAUAACCCACCAUACAGUGUAACUGACCCGGACUCUUGUUUAAAGUGGCUAGUGAUACAUGUAUUACAUAAAGAGGCAGUAGAUGGUAUAGAGUACAGUAUAUACA